CACACGCGCUCGUGUCGGUCAACAACAAAAGAUUUUAUACUCUGGUGCGCGUUUGGGGGUAAUUAGCCCUAUUUUUCGUGUUUUUGGUUAUUUUGGAUAUUUCCUUUGGUAAGCCACGUCUGAUCGUGUCUUUUUCUAUAAGAGUUAUGGAUGUCGCGGACAACUUUGUCGGUCAAAGCCAAGUGAAAGAUGAAGUCGGGGACAGGUGCCAAAAACUUUUUCAAGAUUUCCUCGAAGAAUGGAAGGACCAUAGCGGCGAGAUCAAGUACCUGGAGGCUGCAAAGGAAUUGGUGAAACCUGAGCGUAAUACACUCCAAGUCAGCUUUGAGGAUAUUCAGCGCUUCAAUCAGAGCCUGGCAACCACUAUCCAAGAGGAGUUUUAUCGUGUUCACCCUUUCCUGUGCCGAGCUGUGCGCAUCUUCGCAAAAGACCGUGGCGGCGUCUCUGUGGAGAAGGAGUACUACGUCUCGCUGGUGGAGUACCCCAGCGCGGUGCGCGUGCGUCAGCUGACCACCGACCGCGUGGGUCAGCUGCUGCGCAUCACCGGCCAGGUGGUGCGCAGUCACCCGGUGCACCCGGAGCUGGUGACGGGCACCUUCACCUGCCUCGAGUGUCAGACCGUCAUCACAGAUGUGGAACAGCAGUUCAAG